AAGCGAUGCAGAAAGAUGUAAGAUGGCAGAGCUGCAGAUGUUACUCGAGGAGGAAAUCCCCGCCGGCAAGAGGGCGCUGAUAGAGAGUUACCAGAACCUGGGCCGCGUGGCUGAUUACUGCGAGAACAACUAUGUCCAGUGAAGACAGAUUUGUCAUUGGGGGAAUCCGAAUCCUGUGCUUAGCUAACCAACUACUGAUGGAAAAUUGUCCUAUAAAAGUUGUAAAAUCUCAUUGAGCCAAAUUCUAUGCAAACUCAUGAUGCUACAGGCCCAAGACAAGAGAAAGGCCCUUGAGGAAACAAAAGCAUACACCACCCAGUCCCUUGCGAGUGUUGCUUACCAGAUAAAUGCUUUGGCGAACAAUGUGCUCCAAUUGCUGGAUAUUCAAGCCUCACAACUACGGAGAAUGGAGUCUUCCAUUAACCACAUCUCCCAGACUGUGGACAUUCAUAAAGAAAAAGUGGCUCGUCGGGAGAUAGGUAUUCUGACUACCAACAAGAACACAUCAAGAACUCACAAAAUCAUAGCACCAGCCAGUGUUGAGAGACCGGUCAGAUACAUUCGGAAGCCAAUAGACUACACAGUGUUGGAUGAUGUUGGUCAUGGAGUAAAGUGGCUUAAAGCCAAGCAUGGAAGUAACCAGCCUGCAAGAACUGGUACACUCACCAGGACAAACCCACCCACACAAAAGCCACCAAGUCCCCCAAUGUCUGGACGUGGAACUUUAGGACGAAACACUCCCUACAAAACGUUAGAGCCUGUCAAGCCACCUGUUAUUCCUAACGAUUACAUGACUAGUCCUGCUAGGAAUGUGGCUGCAAACCAGCAAAGCCCUAUGAGAACAGCAUCUCUAAACCAAAGGCCGAGAACGCACAGUGGGAGCAGUGGAGGAAGUGGAAGCAGAGAAAAUAGUGGGAGCAGCAGUAUAGGCAUUCCUAUUGCUGUGCCUACGCCCUCACCACCCACUCUUUUGCCAGCAUCAUAUUCUGUCCCUGCUGGAGCCCCUUCCUUGCCGCCACCACCACCUCCACUGCCAGUGGGCAGUUUCAUAGCUGGCCCUGGUUCGGCUCCUAGCUCCCAAUACAGUACCAUGACCAGGCAGAUCUCUCGGCAUAAUUCUACCACCUCUACGGCAUCUUCAGGGGGCUUCAGGCGAAAUCCUUCGGUGACUUCUCAGUUUUCUGUGCAGCCUCAUGUUAAUGGUGGCCCUCUCUAUGCUCAAAAUUCAACAUCCCUAGCUCCACCCCCUCCCCCUAUGCCUCAACUGACUCCACAGAUACCUCUCACAGGCUUCGUGGCCAGGGUGCAAGAAAACAUUGCUGAUAGUCCAACCCCACCACCACCACCACCACCAGAUGAUUUACCGAUGUUUGAUGAAUCCCCACCUCCACCUCCCCCACCCCCUGUGGACUAUGAAGAUGAAGAAGCAGCAGUCGUGCAAUACAAUGACCCAUAUGCUGAUUCAGACCCUCACUGGGCACCAAAGAUUUAUCUUGAAAAAGUUGUGGCAAUAUAUGACUACUCAAAGGAUAAAGAUGAUGAGUUGUCCUUCAUGGAGGGUUCAAUCAUUUAUGUGAUAAAGAAGAAUGAUGAUGGCUGGUAUGAAGGGGUCAUCAAUGGAAUUACUGGUUUGUUUCCUGGAAAUUAUGUGGAACCCAUCAUGCACUAUGCAGAUUGAAUCAAACAAAUGGCAUCUUCAAGCUCUCUUUAAUCAUUGGCCAGUCUAAGCAUUUUGGGGGUGUCGGUUAAUUGGGGGAGGAUUUAUAGGUUUUUCAAGGGUGCCAUUACUUUGGAGUCCACCACGGAAACUGACACAGACUGAAAAUACAACGAAGUUCAGACUGGCACAAUAAAAGGUGAAAGUGCAAGUGCUGGUCAAAUUUUUUUAAGACUUAUGGUCAUUCCUAAAAUGCAACUAGUGCUUGUUGAUAGCAUGCAUAAAAAUACACAAAUUUAUGUAUUGUAGCCAAUCCAUUUUUAACCUAAAAUGCUUCCAAUAUGUUGUAAUUUUCAGUUAAUCUGUGAGUACUCACUGACUUGUAAUCUCAUGAACAGUCACAUGAGUCUAUAAAGAACAUUUGUGGAUGAGGCUUGGGUGUCUUCUAAUCAAAGUACAUGUUGUUGAUUUGUACUUAACAGGUUAAACAUUUUAUAUGGAUAAAAUUUACAUAAUGAGAAAUCAUCUGUAGUCACAAAGUGAACCAAAGUGUAGUCUGCUAUGUUGUCAGUUCAUUUGUACAGUGGAAAUUGUCUGAAUCAUUGGCUUUGUAGUCUUGGUAAAUUUUAUUAAAUUUACUAACCUUUAGAAUAUUAAUCCAGCUAACACCUUAUUUUUUAGCUAUGUUCUAAAAUAGAUACAGACAAUUCUACUGUACAAAGUCAGUUUCUAGAACCAAUUUUGCUUUCAAAUACAUCUUGUGGCUCAGGCCUGAUCAAUUAUGCUUUUCUAUUUGCUUUGGAAGACAAAAGUAUCAUUUGUUUCAAGGGGUUAUUACUAAAUUCGUUAUAAUAAAUGUAUUUAAAAACAGCAAUUUCAGGCUCAAAAGGCCCCAAUCUCCAUUAAAAUCAGUGUUCAGCUGUGUUUCUCCUUUCUUCAGUUUAAUUGUUCUUUGCAAUUCAUGCUUCCAAGUGUUGAAGCUAAUAAGAAACCAAGAAUCUAUCCUAUAUUGUAAAUUGAUUUGAUAUUAAAAUAGAGCAGAAAUGUCUAUCUUGUCCCGGUACUAAAGGGGAUAAGGAAGGCAAAAAAUGCAGUGUCCUGUUGGAGGAUUAUGAAACUUAUUGCACCACAUUUUUCUAAUCUUGUUCUAGAAGCAGUGCUCUAAUCUGAUUUAGCAAAAUUAUGUACGAGUAAAAUGGCAGUUAAAGUUGCUUUAAAAAGAUGUCCACUUUGAAGAGACAAAUGGGGGCCAUACUUUAUGUAAUAUGAUGGUUUUCUUAUUAACUUCUGCCUUAUGAUUGUAAGAAGCUUUAACAUUGUGACUUCAUUUUCUUCAACCUUUAAAAUUGAAAAUGCAUUCCUUUAAUUUGUAUAUAACCUGUUACAAUUGUAUGUACAGCCUUUUAUAAUAAAUCACUCAGUAUAUAAAAAGUUA